UAUCAUUUUAUUGACAUGUUAAUUUGCAGUGAAGUAACAUAAAUGACUGUAUUUUAUAUAAGUAAAUGUGUGGAUGUUACAUUUGUGUGUGGCUAGUUACAAAAUUCUUUCAUUUAUAGAUAGCGGAUUCUGUUGUUUAUUCUUGUACUAUGUUCUGCAUAUCUGUAUAUUCCCUUAGUGUAGAAUAGAUGCAGUGUUGUCAAGUCAUCCGACUAAUCACGAUUACUCGCGAUAGUCGGCCUAAUCAGUAGACUACAUCCAACCAGACCCACCGAUGCGAUUAGUCCGACCAGAAAACUAGUCGUUUGAUUAGUCGAAGAUUAGUGUUUCGAUCUGAACUGGGACGACCAGAUUAGACGUGGGCUGCUGCAUCUGUGGGCUGCAAAUGUGGGCUUCUAGGUUUGGCCAACAAGCACAAGACAAAAGCUUGGUGCAUCUGUGGGCUUCUAGGGUUGUCCAACAGGCAGAAGGCAAGCGUUGGACGCCGGACACCCGCUCACGCUUACGCGGUCCUGCGCCAAGAGCGCAGUCGCCGCCGCUAUUGAAGGCCGUGCAACCGCUAACAUCUCACAAGGCUUCGGCCGCCGCCGCCGCACAAGGACGCAGCUGUCGCCGCUCAGCGUCGCCGUCGCCCCCUACCUGCAAGUUCCAGGCGGGCACCUGUCUUUCUGCAGGUCCCCCUCCCCUCGACUGCAAGUUCCAGUGCUCGCCCUCAAGAUGAGCUCAUCCUCAGAUGGUGACUGUGUUUUUUGCUUCUUAGCUUUCGGUGUUGUGUGUGCUGUCUGUUUGAUUAGAUGUAUGCCCUCUGCUUGUUGCGCGUGUAGAUGUGGAUGAGAGACGGGCAGUGGCUCGAUUACUCGAUCUGGUCAACAUCUAAUCGCGACUAGUCGAGUGGUCGGUAGCUAUACGACCAGGUUCGACCAGUGGCGGAUCCAGAAAUUAUCGAAGCCCCAGGCCGCACUGACAUCAAUCAAAGGAGUCGGAUGUGUCAAUUCAAUCAGUUACUUUGCAAAGCAGAAGUGAACUAUUUGCACCUAGUUAAUAACCCAUACCCAAAAAUACUAGUUUGAGAUAUCUAUAUUCCCACUUCUUACUUGAAAAAAGGUACUCAUUGUAACACAGAUCUAGCAAAAGUUAUCUAUCACUCUAUCUAAAGCUAAUUUCCUUAAUCUGUUGGCUUCCUUCUACUAAGCCAACUACAAUCAUAUCUAUUCUAAAGUCCACAAAAACUUAACCAUUUUGCAUUUGCAAUACUAAGCUGCAAUUAAAAGAUAAUAAUACAAUAUGGCUACCCGUUGUCAAAACAAACAUAACUCACAUGUCCCCACGAUUCUGAUCGAAAAACUAGUAGCAGCAACAAGACCACAAUCAUUUAUCUUCUGAUUGACCAGCACUACAAGCGCCUGCAUGAGGUGAGCCCUGAGCCCCGGCGGCAGCCCACACACGUUGGUGUCGAGCAAACCACCAGUCUGGUUGGGAAAAUCGGCAAGGUCAUUCGAGUAGAAAGGUGCGAGGUCAUCCAGCCAGACCUGCCUGAAGCGGUGGCGGAGAGGGGCGAAGCAGUGAUGACGAGCACUGCACUGGGCGCUGCGCGAUGUACGGUGGCCGGAGGGGCGAGGGAGUCGGAGCCUAGAGCUAGAGGGACGAAGGAGCAGUGCGAGCACGAGCAACACUGGGCGUUGGCCGGAACCCGGAGGGAGCAGCGCUGCAGGCUUGCAGCGGAGAGGGAGGCACGGAGCAGCGUUGGGCGAGUCGGCGUCAUGGCGAGGCGGCGGUCUGGCACUCCGGCUACGGGCUGACGACGACAUGGUGCCCUAGCGUCUGGAGAUUUGGCGAGUAGCGGCAGGGCUUCGAGGGCUUCGGGCGCGGACUGGAGUCUGGGGGAAAAGUUCAAAUUAUAAAAAUACCUAAAUAUUCAAAUUAUAAAAAUAUUUAGAUAUAAGCCAUUGUUCAGAAGUUAUAUGCCUAAUCAUUAAGAUCAUAUUUUGGCUUCAUUGUCCAUAUUGUUGGAACUGGAUGUGAAGCAAUGCAAUCCAAUGAACAUCUUUACUUUUGUUUUUCUGUAAUAAGUGAGUUACAUUCGAGGAUAUUCUGCUUUUCAUGCACCAAAUAAAUUUACCCUUAGCAGUUUGGCCUAUAUGCCUUAAAGGUUUGCUUUAGCAACCCUGAGGAUGCUUCUGUUUGUCAAACAGACACUUGAUUUUUUUGAGCAUGUUGUGAUCCUGAGUUGUCAAGCUGCAGUUGGUUUAGUUUCUUUAUGGUGUCUAGUGUAACCUACUGCUCUAUUUUAGCUGCUAUGAUCUUGACAGAAAUUGGCUGUGGUCAAAUUACAUUGCAGUAAGAUAUGUAAUUAUAUGGGACUUAUUCAAACAACUAAGUGACUGGUACGGCCGGUACUGCGCAGGUUGUAUUGGUGGGAAACUAGAGGGCGGGGCGUGGUGGCUCGUCGCCUGGAAGAUGGUCCAGGCGCCGUGGCUGCCCGAGAAGAGAGGCUGGUAGGUGAACAAGGGGCAGGGAGCAAUAAUAUCUUUAUUACUUCUUGCCUAUCUGGCAGAUUACAAACGUCCUACUUAUAUAGGCCUAUAGCCAACUGAAAUCUCCUAACAAAUAGGCUGAUCUAAACAGCUUGAAUCCCUAUCUUAACAAACUCCCCUAUAGUAGACUUAUCCCUUCAGGCGGCCUAGGACUCGCCAUCCUUAUCCUUUCUCUUGUAUGUCUGCCCGACCAUAACAGUGACCUAGUUGCUCCCAAAUAUUUCAAUGUUUUUAGGUGCCUUCAGUUUUUUUUGAAGUUUUAAAUUCGUAGUAGCCUAUUAGGCAAACUUAUUUCAUCAUGUUCUAAACUGGAUGUAAUAGAGUUUGAAACAUUGUAUAAUGUAUAUCAAAACAUAUUAAAAUUUACUAGUUAGUUGCCCGUGCAUCGCUACGGUUUGUAUAUAUGAUAUACAAUUUCUUUGUACAACACAAACAAAACGAGCUACAGUGGUUAGAGGCGAGUGCUCUCUUCCUAAAGACCAUGGUUUGAAUCCUGACAGCUGCACUUUUUUUUGAUAUUUUGCUGGCGCACGGGGAACGCUCGCUACACGCAUGGGGAGGGGGACGACACACGACGAAACUCACAUUUUAUAUCAAGAAGAAGUGAAGAGCUUGCAUGUGCAUCUAGAGAACAAGCUGAUUCUGCUAAUGGGGUAGGAAACAGCGCUCAUUCAGGAUCAAGAGGGAGUGGUGCUUUACUACCUUUUUCCUCUACACAUAAUGCGUCAACUUAUGGGGAUGAAUUUGACACGACCAUAAUUACAUUCAACAUGGCUGUCAUCCUAUAUCAUCUUCAUGACUAUGAAUCUGCACUAUCUGUUUUGGACCCACUGUACCGAAACAUUGAACCAAUGGACGAGCCAACUGCUCUUCAUGUAUGCUUUCUAUUAUUGGAUAUUACAUUAGCUUUGCAAGAUGCAACAAAGGCUGUGGAUAUAGUACAGUACUUGGAAAGGUCGUUUGGAGUAGCUAACACAAUGAACCCGAAUGAAAAUGCAAGCAUAGCUCAGCAGCAAUUAGCUCAAGCGAAGCCUCCUGUGAAAAUUAGCAUGCCUCCAGAUUCCGAUUCAAAUGCUUAUGCUGGUGGAUAUGAGAACCUUUCGUCAGGAAUUUUCCCAGAUGAGCAAAUAGAAUUUGAAUCUCUAUGCUCUAGUUUUGAUGGACAUCAGAAUGUGGGCAGGCGUAUCUUGAAUGAUUUCUCAAGGGCGUCUGCUGAUCUUGCUGCUACUGCUGCUGAUUUGAAAGUUAGACUUCAGAUUUACAAGGUCCGUCUUCUACUGCUCACUAGGAACCUUAAGGUUGCGAAGCGAGAACUCAAAGUACUAAUGAACAUGGCACGUGGUAGGGAUUCAUCUACAGAGCUUCUCUUGAAAUCUCAGCUGGAGUAUGCCCGGGGGAAUUAUAGGAAGGCUGUGAAGCUAUUGAGCACACCAAAUAAUCGGACUGAACCAGCAAUGCUAGCCAUUUUCCACAACAACAUGGGAUGUAUACUCCACCAACAGAGAUCGUAUCACGCCUCUAUAUGGUGCUUUAGCAAAGCGCUGAAAUACAGCUUAUCAUUUCGUUCAGAGAAACCAAUGAAGUUGUCUACAUUAUCACAAGACAAGUCUUGCCUUAUUUCAUACAACUGUGGUAUCCAACAUUUGAUGUGUGGGAAGCCUUUGUUAGCAGCUUCUUGUUUUCGUGAAGCCAUGCCGCUCUUCUACAAGCGACCCCUUUUCUGGCUCCGUUUUUCUGAGUGCAGCCUGCUAGCUCUAGAAAAGGGUCUCCUGUGUGCAAAUGGUGCUUCCUCAUUCAACGAUGAGAUUGAAAUCAAUGUUGUGGGGUCAGGACAAUGGAGGCAGUUGAUUGUCAACCCAGUGAACUCGAGAAGUAAUUUAGAUUCUGCAGGUGUGACUUUAGGCGAACAUAAAAAUUUGGUUUCACUUGGAUUUGCUAGACAGUGUCUACAAAAUGCGCUGCUAUUAUUGGAUGCUACUGAGAAGGAAAAUUGGGUAAUCGCAUCUGAUACAGAGGAUUGGGACCAAGGAACCGUACAUGGAUAUAAAAGCUCAGGCCAGAAGAAUACUACAAGUACAGAUUCUAAAACACCUUCAGGCCCAACUCUAGCUAAUGUAAAUGGAGAACAAAAGGGCACAAGCUUGAAUGCUACCUUGCAGAGUUCUCUUGCUUUCUAUGACGAGAUCCGUAGAAAAGAGUACAUCAAAAUCAGACAGGCUGUCCUGGCGAACUUGGCAUUUGUUGAAUUGUGCCUUGAUAAUCCCUUGAAAACUUUGACGUAUGCAAAGUCAGUACUGCAGGUGACAGACUGUUCCAGGAUGUAUGCGUUCCUCAGCCAUGUAUACGCAGCCGAAGCUCUAUGUACUUUGAACAGAACAGAGGAUGCCGCCGAGAAUCUAUCAGUUUAUAUAAGAGAUGGUAAUCAUGUCGAGUUGCCUUAUAGUGUGGAGAAUUCUGAAAAGGCCUUGGUUGAGAAAGACAGUGAUGGUGAAGACUUGGUUGCUCCUGCAGUGACAAAACUCGCCACAGAAGAACCUGAGCAGCUCAGGCCGGAGGAGGCCCGUGGUGUCCUGUAUAUCAACCUUGGCAUGAUUGCUGCAAGGCAGGGAGAAGUUGAAAAAGCCAACUACAUGGUGAGCCGUGGCCUGGCGAUGUUGCCCAACAACCCCCGGGCAGUGCUAGCAUCGGUUUACGUAGACCUUUUGCAAGGGAAGUCCCAGGAAGCUGUCGUGAAGUUGAGACGGUGUAGGAAUGUGAGAUUUAGACCCGCUAGCAUAGCAGCCAGCAGUCAGCAGUCGAGCUUAGAAAAGCCUCCCCUUUCAUGAUUUCUGUAGUUUACAAUUACCGUUAUAAUCUUUUUUGGACCCUGACCCCAAUGUGGAUGAUCAAAGAUGGUAAUGCUUCUCCUGUGUAACAUAUAUAAGAAAUGAACUCUAACUCCCCUUCUAGCUCCCUCCCAGAUUCAGGGGUGGAAUGUGUUGGAACUGUACCGUUUUAAUUUGCCCUCUUUGGACUGAAGAGAGCCAAGUGAUCAAAAUAGUUUCCUAUGUUUAUUCAAGAAUUUGGAAAAUAAUGUGCAGUCA